CACAUCAAAUCAGAAGGACAAGAAUGAUCAUACAAUAUAGCGACACAGAAUCACAAUUCAAGAUUCAUUCGCAUUAAACAAAAUUCCCCAAAUCUUGGCCAAGAACUAACUAAUCUCCUAAAAACUCCCCCAAAAACCCAUCAAAAAAAAAAUAAAAAAAAUCAUGGAAAUGGCACAAACAGACCCUGAAGGCAUUGAUGGAAUUCGUAUGACCUGGAAUUCUUGGCCAAGAACUAAAGUUGAAUCUUCCAAAAACAUAAUCCCAAUUGCUUCUUCAAUUCACUUACUUCAUCCUUCACCAAAUCUACCUACUUUACCUUACACUCCCUUACGUUGUAGAACAUGUUCUUCAAUCUUAAACCCCUUUUGUCGUGUCGAUUUUCAAGCCUUAAUUUGGAUCUGUCCCUUUUGUUUCCAACGUAACCAUUUCCCUCAACAUUACUCUGGUAUAUCAGAAACUAAUGUCCCUGCUGAACUUUACCCUCAAUUCACCACCAUCCAAUACGGGUCGGGUCAAAAUCAGGUCUUGGGUGGUGGGUCGGGUCAGGUGUAUGUGUUUGUGUUGGAUACAUGUGUGUUGGAGGAGGAAUUGGAGUAUGCGAAAUCGGGGUUGAAGAGGGCUAUUGGGAUGUUACCUGAUUAUGCUAUGGUUGGGUUUAUAUCAUAUGGUACACAAGUGCAGGUACAUGAACUCGGGUUUUCGGAUAUGUCCAAGGUUUAUGUGUUUCGGGGUACGAAGGGGUUGAGUAAAGAUGAAGUUUUGGAUCAGUUAGGACUUGGUAGGAAGGGUGUUGGUGGUGGAGCUAAUCAUGGUUUGAGUAGGUUCUUGUUGCCUGCUUCUGAGUGUGAGUAUGCACUCGAUUCGUUGUUAGAGGAAUUGGAUACGGAUCAAUGGCCCGUGCCACCUGGAAACAGGGCAUCGCGAUGCACCGGGGUGGCGUUGAGUGUGGCAGCUGGUUUGCUUGGUGCUUGUAUGGCUGGUGCGGGUGCUCGGAUUGUUGCAUUAGUUGGGGGUCCUUGCACUGAAGGACCGGGAGCGAUUGUAUCGAAAGAUAUAUCCGAACCUGUUCGUUCUCAUAAAGAUCUUCACAAGGAUGCUGCACCCUUUUUCAAAAAGGCCGUCCACUUCUAUGAGGAACUUGCAAAGCAACUCGUCAGUCAGGGUCACAUCUUAGACGUUUUUGCUUCAGCACUUGAUCAGGUUGGAGUUGCGGAGAUGAAAGUAGCUAUUGAAAAGACUGGAGGACUAGUCGUUCUUGCUGAAAGCUUUGGGCAUUCUGUAUUUAAAGAUUCUUUCAAGCGUGUAUUUGAAGAUGGUGAACAGUCUCUUGGGCUUUGCUUCAAUGCUACAUUAGAGAUCAACUGCUCCAAGGAUAUUAAAAUUCAAGGGAUCAUUGGUCCUUGCACAUCUUUAGAGAAGAAAGGGCCAGCUGUCUCCAGCACAGUUACUGGUGAGGGAAAUACUACAGCUUGGAAGCUCUGUGGUCUCGACAAAAACACGUGCUUGACUGUUUUCUUUGAUGUUUCAUCUAGUGAGAAGUCAGAUCCUUCAGGCAAUAUAAAUCCGCAAUUGUACAUACAGUUUCUUACAAGUUAUCAGAGCCCUGAUGGGCAAACAAAACUACGAGUUACAACCAUUACUAGGAGAUGGCUUGAUGCUGGUGUUGGCACUGAGGAAUUAGUGCAAGGAUUUGAUCAGGAAGCUGCUGCCGUAGUAAUGGCUAGAUUAGCUUCUUAUAAAAUGGAGCUAGAGGAAGAUUUUGAUCCCACAAGGUGGCUAGAUCGGAAUCUGAUUCGCCUGUGUGCCAGGUUUGGCGAUUAUAGGAAAGAUGAUCCCGCGUCUUUCACUUUGAAUCCCUGUUUUUCAUUGUUCCCUCAGUUCAUGUUUCAUUUACGGCGGUCACAAUUUUUGCAAGUUUUCAAUAAUAGUCCCGAUGAGACAGCAUAUUUCCGGAUGCUGCUCUACCGAGAGAGUAUAAGCAAUGCUGUUGUCAUGAUUCAACCUACACUAAUGGCAUUUUCAUUCAAUUCACUGCCUUCUCCGGCUUUACUGGAUGUGUCAUCAAUUUCUGCUGAUCGCAUUCUUUUGUUGGAUUCGUACUUCAGCGUUGUCAUAUUCCAUGGAAUGACAAUAGCCCAAUGGAGAAACAUGGGAUACCAGAACCAGCCAGAACAUCAGGCAUUUGCACAGCUAUUGCAAGUUCCUCAUGACGAGGCCCAAGCACUUAUCCAUGAGAGGUUUCCUGUUCCUAGACUUGUAGUGUGUGAUCAGCAUGGUUCCCAGGCAAGAUUUCUUUUAGCAAAGUUGAACCCCUCAGCCACAUACAAUAACGCAAACGAUAUGGCAGCAGGAUCAGAUGUCAUAUUCACUGACGACGUAAGUCUCCAGAUUUUCUUCGAGCAUCUUCAGCGGCUGGCAGUGCAAUCUUCUUGAGAAAGAAAAGAAAUGAGAUUUCUGCAGUUCAAUUUACCCCAGCGAGAGUUCAUCAUCUCUACUGCCAACCUCUCGUCCUUGACAACAAAGACAAUUUCUUUUCAAUAUCCAUGGGGUGAGAGCUCGGAAGUGAUAUCGUUUGGGAGAAUUAGUAUUACAAUUUGACAUUAUUUUGGAUAUGGAGAGGAAAAUUUUGCUUCUUUUCGAAAUAACAAAGGGGCAUGGGACUAUGUUUUUUUUGGGUUAUGUGUGAUGAGGUUGUGUUUUUAAGUUAUGUUUUUAGUUCUUGGCAGCAACUUCUUUCUUGUAAGAGUGGUGCUUCCAUUUUUGUACUAAAUAGCUUGUUGAUUGUAGUAAGGAUUAUAGAAAAGGGAGUCAUUAGAACAUGCUUACCUUGGGUGUCUCAUAUAUAAUUUAAAGUAUGAAUAUACAGCUCUAGAUUAUUUGCUUC